UUGUAGCGUUAGUUAGCCAGCUAAGCUAGUUUAGUAACGUGGCUAACCUGUUGUGACUUGCUAACGUUACUGUUGUCACUGUUUUUGCUUUACCUGCGGCCGCUAUUCUGAAAGUCGGUUGCCGAAAGACAUUACGCGAACUAGUUUCCUUUCUCCUCAAACGUAGAUUUGGUGCCCCAAAUGUCUAAAAGGAAAAGCAACUCCGUCAGUGAUAACCCCCACAAACGGGUCAGACCUGCGGUGGAGGAAGAAGUGGAAGAUGCAAAUGUUUAUGAUAGUGACCAGGGAGAUCAUCUACUGAAUAAACAGGUGCAGUGUGCUGGUGAGGUGGUGAGUGACGCAGGGAUUGUGGAGAGCAUCACACUGAAGAACUUCAUGUGCCACUCAAACCUCGGCCCUUUCACUUUUGGUUCCAAUGUCAACUUUGUUGUUGGCAACAAUGGAAGUGGAAAGAGUGCCAUUCUGACAGCUCUCAUAGUUGCUUUAGGCGGGAAUGCACAGGCCACAAACAGAGGAUCAUCCCUCAAGGGUUUUGUGAAGGAAGGAGAAAGCUCAGCUGAUGUAUCAAUCACCCUGCGUAACAAAGGAAGAGACGCUUUCAAACCUGAGGUGUAUGGUCCAGCCAUCAUUGUGGACCUGAGAAUAACACGUGAGGGAUUGAGAACCUAUAAACUGAGGAGCAAAUCAGGUCAACUUGUUUCCAACAAAAAGGAAGAGCUCCUGUCCAUCCUGGACAAUUUUAACAUACAGGUCAACAAUCCUGUGUCAGUUCUCACCCAAGAGAUGAGCAAAUACUUCCUGCACUCCAAAGGAGAGGGGGACAAAUAUAAGUUUUUUAUGAAAGCUACCCAACUGGAGCAGAUGAGAGAGGACUUUGUCUACAUCAAAACCACCAAGCAUGUCACAGAGGAUAAAGUUGGACAACAUAGUGAAUGCUUGAAGGACUUGAAGCGGAAGUACCUGGAGAAAGAGGACCGUUACAAGAGCCUGGCAUCACUAGAUGAAAUGCACACCAAGCUGGAGGAGUUGCAGAAGCAAAUGGCUUGGGCUUUGGUGAUUGAGUUGGAGAAGGAGUCGGAGCCAGUAAAGGAGAAGCUGCGGUCAGACAGACGUGCUACAGAGAAAUUUGAUGAGAAGGUGGAUGAAUGGAAGAAUAACGUCGAGGAUGCUGAGAGGAAGCAAAAGCAGAUCCAGGAACAGUUGGAGGGGAUCACCCAGCAACUCCAGGAGCUCCAGCCCAAAUGUGCUGAGCUCAAGGGCGAGGUCCAGAGACAAAAUACCACUCUAAAGUUCAGCGAGGUCACUGUCCACAGAUGCAAGGCUAACCUGAGGGACCUGGAAAAGGACAAGGUUCAGCUGUCCUCAAGGAUAAAUGAUCUCAAGCUGAGCAUCAGUCAGACAACAGGAGCAGAGAGCCAGGCCCGGACGGAGCGUUUGGAGCAGAUACAGGCUGAGCUGGAAAACCUGAGACACAAGAUCUCCACUCUGGGCCAGCAGAUUGACCAGUAUCAGCACGCCUGCAGCCGUGCCAAGGAAGAACAAGGAAAGAUGAGGAGAGAGCAGGAAAUGCUCCAGAGGUCCAUUGAUGCCAACAGAAGGAACCUGCAGACGAUGGAGAGCAGUCGGUCUAAUCGCCUGCGCCGUUUUGGAGAGCACAUGCCCGCACUCCUCAACGCUAUCCAGGAAGCCCAGAAAAGGGGACAAUUCAAGCAAAGACCUCGAGGACCUCUGGGUUACCUUAUUAGCCUGAAGGACCCAGAGCUAGCCUUGGCUGUAGAAGUAUGUCUUAAAGGCCAGCUGCAGGCCUUCACUUGUGAUAACCACGAGGAUGAGAAGGUGCUGCAGGGCCUCAUGGGCAAAGUGUUCCCACCUGGCCGUAGACCUGCCAUCAUCACAAGCCAUUUCCUCCCACAUGUCCAUGACACAAGAAAGAGGGCCGUUAAUCACCCUGAAUACCUCUCCGUGCUUCAAGCUCUAGAAAUUGAGGACCCAGUUGUGGCCAACUGCCUGAUUGAUCAAAGGGGUAUAGAGAGCAUUCUACUCAUUAAGAAUCGUACAGAGGCUCGGAGAGUGAUGCAGGGCAGAACCCCUCCACAGAACUGUACCCAGGCCUUCUCUAAGGAGGGAGAUCAGAUCUUCAAUAACCGUAGUUACACCGCUGAGCAGACCAGAGCCAACUACCUCUCAGGAGAUGUUGAGGAGGAGAUCAGGCACCUGCAGAGGGAGAUGGAGAACCAGAAAGGUCAGCAGACUCGCUACCAGCAACAGAUGAAAAAGUUAGAUGAAGACAUCAAACAGAAUGAAGGGCUGCUGAGAAGAACCCACAUAGAGCUGAAGAUAACCAAAGAAAAGGCAACAAAGCUACAACUGGAGCUGACAGACCUACAAAAUGUGGAAGAACCUCAGUCAGAGGACCUCAGGCCCCUGGAGGAAGAUCUUCAGGAGAUUGUUGCUAAGAUCUCGUCCAAGCGUGCUGAGUACGAUGAGGCACAAGCUCAGAUGGCUGAGCACAAGGCCUCCUAUGAGAUGGCAGAGCAGAAGUACAAGCAGCACAAAGAGCAGAUCAACACGGUCGCUGAGGAGGCCGACUUAAUAAAGGAGGAGCUGAGUAAGACUGAUCAGGAGGUGAUGAAGUGCAAGCAUCACAAGAAACACUAUGACGAGAAACGCAGUGUGCAUCUCCGCAACAUACAGACGCUCGAGGCCAGCCUGGAAAGCAAGGAGCAGGAACUUCAGACAUCUGUGGCAAAGGCCACAGAAAUCUCUCCAGAGCGCCUGGAAGUACGGCGGACGGCCAGGAGUCUGGACAGUGAGAUCAGCCGUCUCAAGGUUAAGAUCACUACCCAGCAGGAACAACAGGGGGACCGUGAGGAGGUCGUGAGGCAGUAUCAUGAGGCUCUGGAGAACUACAAAAACAUGGCACAGCAAAUGAAGAACCUCAACAGCUUCAUCAAAAGUCUGGAUAGUGUUAUGAACCAAAGACUUCAGGUUUACGCUGAGCUCAGGAGGUUCCUCUCAGCCCGCUGUAAAUACUACUUUGAUAGCAUGCUGGCUCAGAGAGUCUACACUGGAAGUAUGACCUUUGACCACAAGAAUGAAACCCUCUCCAUCUCAGUGCAGCCAGGCCAGGGAAACAAGACUGACUUGAGUGACAUGCGCUCCCUGUCCGGAGGCGAGCGCUCCUUCUCCACUGUUUGCUUUGUCCUCUCUCUUUGGGCCAUCACAGAGGCGCCUUUUCGCUGCCUUGAUGAGUUUGAUGUUUACAUGGACAUGGUGAACAGGAGGAUAUCAAUGGACAUGAUGCUGAAGGUGGCUGCUGGUCAACGCUACAGACAGUUCAUUUUCCUCACCCCACAGAGCAUGAGUUCUCUUCCAGAGAGUAAAAUCAUCCGCAUCCUCCGUCUCAAAGAUCCAGACCGCGGCCAAAACAACACACAAAGUCGUCAAGACGAGGACCAGUAGUAUUGCUAGCUAGUAAUUUAACAUCAAAUGAGGUAAUGAGACCAUUAGCAGGCGCCAAGACCUGCCAGCAGUCAGACACCAGGACAGGCUGCAUCAGGGCAUGUUAGGGUUGUAUGUUGAUUCCCGUUUUCUGGGAACAGUUAUGUUGCAGAAGUGCAGCCACAUGUUCUUUGGAUUGUUCAAGGAUUUCUUCCACCUGUGUUCAAAAGCAAUAACAAUUGUUAAAAGUUCUGUUUAGUAGGCAGUGUGCUAAAUGUUUUUACUUUAGCACUGAAUUCAAGCACCAAUAACAUGUUGUAAGCAGUUACAUUGAGGGGCGAUGCACAGGGGGAGGGCAAGUAUUUUAUAUCCACUGCCAAAUUAACUGUUAAAAGGCUGAAAAAACAGGCACAUUGAAGGAUGUAGGUUAAUGAUGUCAUUGUAAGCAAUAUUUAAUAUUCAUUAAACCACAUAUGUUAAGAGACAAA